UAAGUGUGCGUAUGCUGCUCGCGUGUGCGUGCGUGUGUGUGUGUGAAGCCUGUUAAUAACCAUAAACUGUCAUGAUGAAUUUCUCCGCGUUCGGCGGCCCCUUCUCAGGCAUUCAUCAGUUUGCCGCUAAAUUUGAUGCACAAACACCGGGCGCAUUUGGUACGCCGCCGGUGAACGCUGCGGCCGCUGCAGCGGGCACCGAUAAUCAUGUGCAACGCUAUCAAACCAAUGGCAAUCAUUUCAAUCAGAAUGUGCCCAACGUUUCGGCGGCUAAUAAUAUGCAAUAUGGUCAAAAUAUAUCCAUACCUUACUCGCAGCCGCAGAGUGAUCUGAACUUUUUGAAUGCGGCCGCAGCAGCGGAUCAUAAGGGUAAAAUCCAUCCAAAAAUUGAACGUGACCGGGAAGAAGUGCUCAAUCAGCAAAUCUUACAGAAUGUCAAUCAGUCGUGGCAAACGCUGGCUAAUACGGCCAACACGGUCGACUACUCAUCGCAUUUGCUAUCCGCAACACUGCCAAUCUCCAUACAGCACUUCCUCAAGUAUUCGGAAACAAUAAAGAAGGAGUCCACCGGCGAUGUGCUUAAGAAUGGCACAAAUUUGGCCAGCUUGGCGCUGGGUGGCGUUGCCCUGACGCCCAGCAACAAUGUGGCAAAUGGUGCACAUCACAACGGGCUGGUGGGCAUGGAGCAUGGCGUCCAUAUGACCAACAUGACAGAUGCGAAUGGCGCUGCUUUGGCCAAUGGCGGGGCAACCAAUGGCGUCAAUGGCAAUGCCAAUGGGGCGGUUAAUGGUGCCGCCGUCUCCAGCACUGCGGCGGUGGGCACCACAAAUGCCACGGGUGGAACGACCACCGCCAGCGGCAAGAAGACCAAAAAGAAGAAACCGCCAAAGGAGAAGAAGCCGCGACCCAAGCCCGGUGAAAUUCGUGAAACGAAAGCAUUGGACGGCUCCACGCUAUACUGUUGCCCGGAGUGCCAGAUGGCAUAUCCGGAUCGCAGCCUCAUCGAGCAGCACGUCAUCUCGCAUGCCGUCGAGCGGCGCUUCGUCUGCGAUAUAUGCAAUGCGGCGCUCAAGCGCAAGGAUCAUUUGACCCGGCACAAGCUAUCCCACAUACCGGACAGGCCUCAUGUCUGCAAUAUCUGCAUGAAGUCCUUCAAGCGCAAGGAACAGCUCACCUUGCACAUUGUCAUCCACUCGGGUGAGAAGAAGCAUGUCUGCAUCGAGUGUGGCAAAGGUUUCUAUCGCAAGGAUCACUUGCGCAAACACACGCGUUCGCAUAUUGCGCGUCGCGUCAAAUCGGAGGUCUCAGCCCAAAAUGUGAAUGGCAGCGGUGCCAGCACUGCGCAGAAUAAUGCGCUACACGGUUCCUGAGGUUCGUACAAGGACUUUUGGUAAACUCUCAACACACAUUUCAUGCCCGGAAAAGGCGGCUUAGUUGUUGCCAAGCAAAUCGCUGCCAUAAAUUGCGAAUUGUUGGUAAAAGCUGAGCUGCUUUUUUGGAAAUGUGUUAAGAGUUUACCGAAGGUUCUGCUGAGCGUCACCCCAAAUCCAAUAACCCUCACAACAAAGUAACAAAACAAAUGAAAACAAAACAAAAGAAAACAAGUUAUACUACAAUAUGCAAGUAUUAGUUGAAUUUUGUUUACAACACUUUCAGUUCUUUAGCUUUGGUUCUUUCAGUUCAAGUUUUCGCACAAAAAGUUAAGCAAAGUAUAGCAAUUUAUAUGUACAAAAAAGAAAAAAAACAGAAGGAAAAUUAAUUAAAAUGGAGCUGGAAUUUUAAUAUUUGAAAUAUGCGCAUAGUUGGCUUUCAUUUCUUUAUGAGGAUCUGUGAUCUUUGCUGCAUAAACUAAAAAAAAAAAAACACAAAAAAAAAAUGAACAAACGAAAGCUUUUAAGUGUAAGCUAAUAAUUUUUAAAGAAAUCCA